AUGUCGAAGGAACCCCAGACCACCAACGACGGGGGUUGGCUCACCAUAGUCACCUUACGAGUUUUCUUUCCGAAAUCGACCUUCAGCCCGUCAUUUCGAGAUAAACUAACGGAGUCAACUCCCUCGAAAAUACCAUGUAGUUGCCACCAGCUGAGUGGCCUUCACCCAGGGCACAACAUCAAGGACCUUAUACGUGGGUUGCUACCAUCGGACCAUUUCACGGCCCGUUUCGUUAUCAGCAGUGCCGAGAAGAUUGAACAAGCCAAACGACUCUGCACGCCGCAGGCAAAUCAGCAAUUCGACGAUGCCGAGGAAUUCAGGUUCUGGAUUCGCAGUUUGGCCGUCCAGUUAUCGGAGUUAUGCGAAUCAGACCACGCCCGCGACUAUGGUUCGGACCAGCGAGAUUUUGGACUCCGACCUUUCAAAACUGGCAGUCUCACCAAGAGGAGUGUCAGCGAAGACCUUGUCCGGAUAUUGAAUACCCCCCUGAGCCCGAGCGAACAGCAAGGGCAUGGAAUGGGCUACGUAUAUGUCCUACGCUCCCAGAUGGGUCCUAGCACCAUGGCCUUGUUGAAGAUUGGGUUUUCAAAGUUCCACCCAGAGCAUCGAGCACACGAACUUGCUCGAUGUCUGGCGCGACCGGAAGUGGUCAGCCACACUCCCUUGGUGCCGCAUGCGAGGAGACUAGAAUCGAUCAUCCACACGGAGCUCCAGUCUUGUCGAAAAAUUCAGUCUUGCCCAAGAUGCUGCAAGGAUCAUCGAGAAUGGUUUGCCGUGUCGCACGCCGAGUCUAGAGAAGUUCUAACGAGGUGGAGCACGUGGAUCCUUCAACGACCCUAUGUAGACGGGAAGCUGACUGAUAAAUGGAAAGACCAUCUGCGAACCAAGGAUUUUAAAUCUAUCGAUGACAGCACGUCUGUAGCAGAGCUUUGGCAAACCAUGAUCGACGCGUUUCCCGAGGGUGGGUCGAAAGACGAUCGAUCGCAGCGCAUCGGGAAGUACCUGAACGAUUGCUACUGGGAUGUCAUGUGUGACCAGCUUGGCACAGUCCAGUACGGGAAAGAUUUCUGUGACUCGCUUCGAGAAGAUAUGCCUCUGGGGCCCAGUGGCACAGGUACUUGGAGAGAUGAGUUACAAGCCAGCUACGAUGCUGCAGGAGAGAAGCUUCGCGACCUUCAGAUGAAGGAGGACGGUCGAGAUGAGGGCUACGAAAUGAACGACCACGAUCCGCUUGCAAACUUAUCAAUCCAGGAUGUGUUUCGUCUAGGCAUACCGCACAGAGGCCCCAUUGGUGACCCGGACACCCCGAUCAGUGCCAUAUUUGGCACAGACACACACCUCGGUCGCAUGUUUCAUCUGGAAACAAAGGUCCGCCAUCUUUGGAAUCCGGACAAAUCUCCCGGCCCACUGCUUCGUUCACUUCUACGGCAAGAGACGGAAUCAAGGUCGGCAACAGAAGACCUGCUCAAGCUCCAUGAGUCCGUAAAGACCCUCAAGACCGGCGCGUUGUCUGUCAGCGAUCCCAUUCUCGGAAUUACUGAGUCGCCCUUGGGCGACGCCACCAUGCUUCCUGUUCUGGCGAUCAAAGAUUUGAAAUAUCUUAACCCGCUUGUGGCCAACUGGGUUGGCAUGAGUCCCACGAACGCUGGAUUUCAAUAUCUCCAGGAAGCGUAUGCCAGCGGUAAAUGGUUUGGCAGCAAGCCGCGCUUCCAGCUACCGAAGGCGUACCGGAGAGCUGGGUAUAAAAGCCUUUCCGCCAAGGACGCCGACAACGCCCCGUCUUCAAAGAGGCGAGCGCAAGAAAGAGCUAAAGAUGGCAAAAUAACUCCCGAGCCCCUUACGGCCGACGUGAACCCUGAUCGAAUUUUUAAUCAGCCUAGCUUCCAGCUCACCCGUGGACCAGACUCGGAUGAGUUCAAAUGGACGGUCCCGUUAAAUGACGAGCUCAUCGAAAAAGUCAACCAAUGUCUUGAAGAGAUACGGAAUGGAGGACGGGCAGACUUCGAGAAAAGGGCCGCAAAGGCAUUUCGUGACGUGGGAAUCGACGUGCCCAUAGACGAAGAGGAAGAAGAUACGAUAGAGUCCGAUUCUUUCAUCUCAUCCGACUCCUCGUCCAGUGAGGAGGAAGAACGAGAUCUGCACGCAGAACCGAGUUCUGGAACUCCUCCAAUGGCUCCUGCCAAGCGAAGAAAAGAGUCCAGCUGUAGCAUAGACCUCGUCAGCGCAAAAAAGGCAAAGUCGUGGCUGCAAUCCCUGUGA